AUGGCUGGGAGUGUUCGCACGUGUAGAGGAGUCGAUCCCCUCCUUUCCUGUCUCCACACGCCGCCUCUUAACGAGCCCCAAACGAGCAUAUGCGCGUAUCGCUACCCUCCAACCGACCUUGGAUCUGUCCCCCCUGGAUUAGCUCUCGCCUCUGAUUGGCUGCCGUUCCAGAGCUCCGCCGGCGUCCCGGCUCCUGAUUGGCCCGCGCGCCUGUCACUCAGAACGCUCCCACCCUCGCCCGUUUGGUUGGACCUCUCCGCUACCUUUUCUCUCUCCGCCCCGCGGAACAUGGCCGUGGUCGGCGGAUCGUCCGGGCCGGUUGCCCGGUUGGAGGGCCGCGAAUUCGAAUACAUGAUGAAGAAACGCUCGGUGACCGUGGGCCGGAACUCGUCGCAGGGCUCCGUGGACGUGAGCAUGGGCCACUCGAGCUUCAUUUCGCGGCGGCACCUGGAGAUAUUCACCACCACCACCGGGGACGACGGGGUCGGGGAAUUUUACCUGAGGUGUCUCGGGAAAAACGGGGUGUUUGUGGACGGGGUGUUCCUUCGACGGGGUGCCCCUCCUCUGCAGCUCCCACGAAUGUGCACUUUCCGGUUCCCGAGCACGAACAUAAAGAUCACGUUCACGGCUCUGUCCGGCGGGAAAAGGGCUCGGCGGGAGGCUCCGGAGUCCCCGGUGAAGGCCCAGAUCUCCCCGCUCACCAUCAGCAUCCCCGACAACAUCGCCCACCUCAUGAGCCCGCUGCCCUCGCCCACCGGCACCAUCAGUGCUGCUAACUCGUGCCCCUCCAGUCCGCGGGGGGCCGGAUCCUCAGGGUACCGGAUGGGCCGCAUGGUGAGCUCCGCCGAGCUGCAGCUCAUCAGCGACAACUCUCAGCCCGACAACGACAAAGAGGCCUCGGGAGGGGACAGCCCCAAGGACGACUCCAAACCUCCGUACUCCUAUGCACAGCUAAUCGUCCAGGCCAUAACGCUGGCCCCCGACAAGCAGCUCACCCUGAACGGCAUCUACAACCACAUCACCAAGAACUACCCCUACUACAGGACGGCCGACAAGGGCUGGCAGAACUCGAUCCGCCACAACCUGUCCCUGAACCGCUACUUCAUCAAGGUGGCGCGGUCGCAGGAGGAGCCGGGGAAGGGCUCGUUCUGGAGGAUAGACCCGUCCUCCGAGGGGAAGCUGAUCGAGCAGGCCUUCAGGAAACGAAGGCCCCGGGGGGUGCCCUGUUUCAGGACCCCGCACGGACCCCUGUCCUCCAGGAGCGCCCCCGCCUCCCCCAACCACUCGGGCGUGCUCUCGGCCCACUCCAGCGGGAUCCAGACCCCGGACAGUCUGUCCAGGGAAGGCUCCCCGGUGCCCCUGGAGCUGGAGGCCUCCGCCCCCCCCCCCCCCCCACGGUCCAGCCCAAGCUGGCCGUCAUCCAGGAAGCGCGCUUUGCACAAAACACACCAGUUCCAGACGUGUGCCGUGCGCCACUGUAAGAACGCCUUCGGCUGCAGUUUCCAGCAUCAGUCCGGAUGGAAACUCGCCUUCUCCGGGGACACCAUGCCCGCCGACGCACUGGUCGCCGUCGGGAAGGACGCCACGCUCCUGAUCCACGAGGCCACGCUGGAGGACGAGCUGGAGGAGGAGGCUCUGGAGAAGAGACACAGCACCACCUCCCAGGCCAUCGGCAUCGGGAUGAGGAUGAACGCAGACUUCAUCAUGCUGAACCACUUCAGCCAGCGCUACGCUAAGAUCCCGCUAUUCUCCGAGGACUUCAACGACCGGGUGGGGGUCUCCUUCGACCACAUGAGGAUCUGCUUCAGAGACUUUAAAAUCCUCCCCAAGCUCACCCCGGCUCUGAAGACCCUCUUCGCGGAGGACAUCGGUGAGAUGGAGGAGCGGAGGGAGAGGAGGGAGCUCCGAAACCCCCGGGGCAGCUGGGAAACGACGGGCGUCGUCACGGAAACCGAACGAGGGUCCAAAAGAGAGCCGCCGGGGGGGGGGGCAAACAGCCCGAACACAAAGAGACCCAAGACCAGCUGA